AUGGCGACUGAAUCUGAACUAGCAAAACAGAGUGUACCAAUAAACAAGAUACCAAAGAGCUGUGUUAAUUUUGUGAUUAGAGUCUUAGUUAUUCAAAAGGGUUCAAUAACACCUUACAAGAAUUCAAGACAUGAAGGGUCUUUCAGAACUAUCAUAUUAGUGGAUGAAGAGGGGACAAAGAUUCAAGCAAUGCUAUUUAAUAAGCAUAUCGAAACAUGGAAGGACUCCUUGAAGCCAAAUAAGAGUUACUACAUUGCUAACGGACGCUUAGAUCGUGUCAACCCCAACUACUCUUCUGUGCAUAAAGAAGUUGAAUUGGCCUUUACAAACAACACAAUCAUAAAGGAGACUGACCAUGAGGUUUCAACACAGAAAUUCUCUGAUGGCUUUUCAUCAUUAGAUAAUGCUAAUAAAUUACCUAAUGGUGCUAUUCUAGACUUGAUUUGCGUCUUAGUUUCGGUGAAUCCCCUCAUUCAAAAUGCGACUUUUAAGAGACGGGAAAUAGUUGUUACAAAUGAGUUGAUGGAGCAUACAAGUGUAACUCUUUGGGGAGAUUUUACUGAAAAUGACGGUGCAUUCCUGAAAAAUCUUAAAGAUGAUAAAUCUAUACUCGGCUUAUGUGACGUUAGAGUCUCAAUCUAUAAAGGCCGAUUUGGAAUCUCUACUAUUCCUGAUUGUAUGUACAAGUUCAAAACAACAAUUAUAGACAUACUCAAUAAAGAUGAGCCAUGGUAUUUGUCAUGCAAAACGUGCCACAAGAAAGUGAAAGUUAUAGAAGAGGUUGCAGCUUGUACCAAUUGCAACGUUGAUAAUGUAGAAUAUGAAAUGAGAAUUGAUUUGACUGAUUCAAACCCCCGAAGGAGCUUAAUUUCUGAACAAAUACAUCAAGUGGAAGAUGAAGCACCAAUUAUUGUGGAAAAAGAAGUAAAAUCAGUGAGGAAGUACAUAAGGAGGGCUAAGAAAACCACAAAUGUAGCCGCCCAAAUCAACCUAAAGAAACCCAAAGCCGAUAAAAAUUAG